AUGAGAAUAAACGUUCUUGGACAAAUGAGUUACACGGCUCCCCUCAUUAAUGCGAAACACUUCUACGUGCUUGUGGGAUCAAUAAUCUUCGUGAAUUUUAGCGGACCGGUAAACUUGGUUUUGUCGACCUCGCCAACUCUCAAGGAGGAAGUGUCUCCGCUAGAAAAAUACAUUCCUAUUACGGGGUCCUUCAAACUACCCUGCUUGACCAAAGUGGAAAAUGGACUAUUUCUCUAA